ACCUUCUUAACUCCCGUCUUAAACUGACCGUUUCUUCUCUCUAGUAACAAUAACAAUAUAUUUCCCCCCUCUAUUUCUUCUCUUCCUUUUAUUUGAAUCCUCCUCCUCUUCAUACUAACCCAUACUCUUUUUCUUCACUUCCCUCAGGCGAAUCAAUUUUGUCUUCAGUAGAGUUUUAUUGAGCUGGGAAUCUACGGGUUUUUUUUAUAUAUAUAAUUUGAAGGCUUUGUAUAUAUAACUUGUAUUUGUUUGUAGAAACUUGAAAAAUGAAUCACUGCGCUAUUCAACAAAGUAACGUUGCCGCUUGUGAAGAGAUGAUGCGCUCCAAGAAGGACGCCCUUGUUUGCCCAAAGCCACAGCGUAUUAGCCCAAUGAGAUCUCUCAGAUGGCAUUUUAGCCAUCAACAAGACCUUUGUGAUUCAAGGUCUGGAGCUGAUUUAUUGGAUAUCAUCCUCCCAAAGGGUUGUGUAGGUGUGGAUCAAUCAGCUGCACAAGUUGCCUCGUCGCCCCCAUUUUUUUGUGGGUCACCACCGAGCAGAGUAUCUAACCCGCUGAUUCAAGACGACCGUUUCGGGGACGAGAGGGUGUCCCCAGUAUCACCACGGGCCAUACCAAUUCCUUCCGGAUUGGCUUCGUCCCCCUCGUCAUCUGCUAGGAAAGGUCCUGGCGGAUGUGUGAGCAGGGUGAAUUUUGGCAACAAUCCGGCUGUGAGAGUUGAGGGUUUCGAUUGCCUUGACAGGGAUCGUCGUAAUUGUAGCAUUCCUGCUUUGGCUUAAGAGAAAACAGUACAUAGAGGAAACAUGAACAAGUCAAUUUUACCAGAAAGAGAGUUUGGAACUUUUUCGUGUCGACUGAGAAACUGAGGAAAAGAUCCUUUUAACUAGUGUAAAUACGUCCAAAGGGUCUUAGCCUAUGUAAGUAAAUUGUAAUAUAGUGUCUAGUGUCUUUUGUCUAUGUAAGUAAAUGGGAGUCGUUAUUAACAAAGUAACUAAGUGUCUUAUUAGGAGUAAUUUAAUGGUUUUUUUGUUCUAAGGUGGGGGUCAGGUGAAGGCUUAGUUGUAAUGAUGUAAUUUAGUGUGUUGGGGGCUGUAAUCUAAGAGAUUUUGUAAAAAAAAGAGCAAGGAAAAAUUAGUUGGCAAGUGGAAUCAUCAAUGAAGUCGAUUCACUUUGUAAAAUUGUAUGAUAUAUAUAAAAAUCGAUUAUGACUUUAGUAUA